ACGGUGAUCACUGAAUGUUCUCAUCGAUGAAUUACUGCAUCAAACAAUAAACGGAUACACAAAAGACACAACAGACAGAACGUGACACAUUGCAACCGUGGAACUGUUACAUUAUUGUGAUGACGUCGGGCCAGCAGGCGGCGCUGCGGCGUGACGUCACGUGAGCAGAGACGCCACAGCAGCCGUAGCAGAAGAAGCGUGAGGAGCGCGUUAGCAGAGCCAGGACUAACAAUGAUGGAGUGACCCCGCGUGCGCGGAAUAAGCAGACCGAUCGCGGCUCGUCGUGAAUCAUAUCGCGCGUCUGCAGCGGCGUUCGGACCUCCGAGCCGAAAGUAAAGGCGGAAACAUGGCAAACGACGAGACGCUGCGCUCGUUGAUGUUCACGCUCAGUUACGUGCUGAUGAAGCGGCGGCGCGACGUCACCAGCGCGGACGCGCAGCGCAGACGCGAAGUUCAGCGGCGCGUCGCGCACAGACAGUAUUUUCACCAGAGGCACAAGAGGAUGAUCAUGAUGAUGAUCGCUCAGACGUCUCGUCCCACCGGCGACCUGCCGGCGCGUCCCACGCGGGUUUGGAGCAACAUCGAGAGCACCGACUGGUGGGAGCGCGUGGUCAUGAGGGAGUUCCAGCCGUCCGACUGGCUGGAGAAGUUCCGCAUGACCAAAGAGACGUUCUUCCUCCUCUGCGGCAAACUGAAGCCGCGCCUCAACCGGCAGGACACGCGGCUCCGCCCGGCGCUGCCGCUGGAGAAACGCGUGGCCGUGGCGCUGUGGCGUCUCGCCUCCAACGUGGAGUACCGCACCAUCAGCACGCUGUUCGGCGUGGGCCGCUCCACCGUGUGCAAGUGCGUGCGGGACGUGUGCCACGCCAUCGUGCUGCUGCUGCGGCCGCUGUACCUGCGCACGCCCAGCGAGCACGAGCUGGAGGACGCCGCGCGCCUCUUCGCCACCCGCUGGGGCUUCCCGCACUGCGUGGGCGCCGUCGGCAGCCUCCACGUGCCCAUCAUCGCGCCGUCCAGCAACACCGACAACUACUGGAACAGCCGCGGCUGGCUGUCGGUCGUCACGCAGGGCGCCGUCAACGGGCUGGGCCAGUUCUGGGACGUGUGCGCCGGCUUCCCGGGCAGCACCGAGCACUCGGCCAUCCUGCAGAACUCCACGCUGUGGGCGCGCGGCUGCGACGGCGGCGGCUUCCUGCUGCACGACCCGCCGCUGGACUUCAUGGGCCGGCCGCUGGGCUACCUGAUGCUGGGCGACGCCGGCUACCCGCUGAAGAGCUGGCUGCUGAAGAGCUACCCCGAGUCCAGCGAGCUCACGGCCGGCCAGAGGGCCUUCAACCGCAAGCUGGAGCGGGCGCGCGGCGUGGUGGACGAGGCCUUCCUGCGGCUGCGCGCGCGCUGGCAGUGCCUGCUGAAGCGCAACGACUGCCGCAUGGACGUGGUGCCCACCAUGAUCCUGGCCUGCUGCGUCCUGCACAACGUGUGCGAGGUGCACGGCGACGAGUUCGACGAGCGCUGGGAGGAGGCCGUGCGGCACGAGGAGAGUCCGCAGCCCGCCGACGAGGUGUCGCCGUCGGCCGACGACCGCGACGGUGAGGAAGUCAGGGCGCUCUUCUGCGAGUACUUCCUGCAGCAGGAGAACCAGCAGAGGACGUUAGCCUGUUGAGACGUGAAAGCGAACGCCCCGCCGGCCUCUCGAACGCUCUCGCUGUUCUUCUCUGUUUUGUGUUUUUCAGAACUGGCUCUCAGGUCAGAUGCGGCGGCUCAUCUGUUCCCUUCAGUCGCACAAAAAGACGUCUGAACGCCACGCGUUAGAUGCAGAGCGUCACGCAGAGAAAGACAGACACAGACAGACAGAGGUUUGUCGACUGUUGAUGAAGACGGUCAUCAGUGUGUGUUUGUGGGUUAAUUAAAUUAGUUAGUGCAGUGAUUCCUGGAGCCCGGCUCUGCACGUCUCCUUAAUCAAAAUCACCUGAUUCAGAUCAUCAGCAGAGACUCCAAGACCUGACACGAGAAACGUGCAGCGCUGGGAACCGCCGAGUUAGUGGAUGAUGUUACUAGUUAAAGUGAACAGAACUAACUAAAGCAGCUGAUUCACACACACCGAGACUCAGAGGUCAUGAAGAAAAGUGACGUUACUGAAAAUACAGACGUGAAAAAUCAUGUUCGUGAAGUCACUGUGUUGUAACUGCUUCAUAUGCUGUAUGGAUGUGUUUUUUUAAAUCAUUAAACGUGAACAUCUCUCAUUAUGAUCAUAUUCUGUGUAAUGUGUUUUUGUCCAAAUAAUAAAAGUCAGUG